AAGAAACACAAGCAACAAGCACUAAUUUUACAACAAAAAAUAAAAAAAUUCAAGCGUUAAGCAAAACACAUACAUUAAAAAAACAAAAAACAAAAAAUGGAGGCAUCAAAGAAGCUUGUUGCAGUGUUUCUCGUUUGCAUCAUAGUUAUUUCUUCAUCUGUACAAAUCUCCAUGGCUGACGGAGAAAGUAACACGGAAAAAUUCAAAACAGCAUUUAACACUGCUGCAGUUGAGUACACAGCUUGUUACAAUCUCUGCCAGAAGGAAUGUUCCGAUGCAGGAUUUGGAUACACUCAUUGUGAGAUGAAGUGCGACGAAGAUUGCACAGCUAAAUUGCUCAAAGAGAAAAUUCAAAACAUGAAGAAUUGAAGCCUUGGAAAUGGACCAAAGGAUGCAAAUGUAAGGGGGGAAAGAGAAUAAAAACAGUGGUUUUAAAAAAAAUUAAUAUUUCUACUAAUUUAUUAAUUAAUUACCACUGUAUUUGUAA